AUGUUAGAUAAAAAGAUAUAUGAUGUAAUUGUUGUUGGUGCAGGAUCAUCUGGACUCUACGCAUCGUACUUGAUGCGUAAGAUGGGAUUAACCGUUGUAACUUUGGAGGCACAUCAUUUUGUGGGUGGUCGUACUCGUGUCAACACUAGCUUUACACAAUGGCCAGUCGAGUUGGGUGGUGAGAUGAUUCACGGUGGUGAUACUCUCUACUACGAUCUAUGCAAGCACUAUGGCUGGGAGGUAUUUGAAGUGUUUUCAGAGACAUUGUUUGCAGAGAACGAUAGAAACACCACACAUUUCUAUUUAGGAAGAGAAAGAAAGAUGUUUACACAAGACCAAGUCGAUGAUGAUAUGAUGAAACUCUUUAGUGAGUUGAAUGAUCUUCCUGAAAUCAAACCAAUGCCACCAAAGGAUCUUAAUCUCUUACAACAUCUUACAAACAAAAAAGUACCAUUCAGAGUGAUCGGUUUGGCAGAUGCAGUAUACUCAAAGACAUGGGGAACUGAUUUAGAUAGAAUUGGUGUUAGACAAUCGAUUAUCGAGGAUAACAAAGCACAUCAAAUUCCAAAGAAUUUCAAAUUAGUUAAAUCAUCAAAGGUAAUGAUUGAUUACUUUGCCAAAGAUUUGGAAAUAAAGACAAAUUGGAGAGUCAGAAACAUCGAUUACUCUCUAAAGGAUAUGUGCAACGUCACCUCUUAUGAAGGUGAACAACUUAUCGGUAAAAAGGUUCUAAUUACAGUACCACUCUCUAUCUUGAAGGAUGGUGACAUUCAAUUCAACCCAGAGCUACCAGAUGAGAAACGUGAAGCCAUCAAAGUAAUGCAAAUGGAUGGUGGAAUGAAGAUUCUAUUAAAGUUCAACAAAAAGUUUUGGUCGUCAAAGGUAGAGUUGGUUCUCUGUGCAGACAGUCCAGUACCUCAGAUUUGGAUGGAUGGUGCACCUUGCCGUACCGUACCAAAGGAAACCAAUCCAGAGUUUGUAACAGUCGGUUUCAUCACUGGUGACCAAGCAAAGUCUAUUUCAUCUUUACCGGAAAAGAAAGCAGUGAGAACAUUCUUGGAUCAGUUGGAUGCAAUGUUUGGAACAACUGAAUGUUGGACACCAGCAUCCAAUGCUUAUAUCGGUCAUUUCAUCCAUGAUUGGCAAAAAGAUCCAUUUGUACGUGGUGCAUAUUCAUUCCCAUGCGUUAUUCCAGCUGAUUCUCCAAUCGAGCAAAGUCCAAAUGCUAUAUUAUCAAAAAAAAUUAAUAAUAAGCUAUUCUUUGCUGGUGAAGCAACAGCAACUCAAUAUGAAUUGGCAACUAUAAACGGUGCAUUACAAAGUGAAAUUGUUAUUCAUAUUCAAUAUAUUGCUAAAUUACAAAGGUUAGCUCAGCUAGCAGUUCACAAAAAUAUUGUUGCAUUCAUUGGACCAUUUUAUAACAAUCACGUCACCAACAUCAAUAACAUCUUACAUAUUGAGCAUUGUGCCUAUCAAUGUCAAUAUUCACCAAUAGAUAAAUAUACAUCAUAUAAUCUAUUGUUUUUUAUAACACAACAACAAAGAAAGCGAGAGAGAAUGGACAAGUACACAAGAAUAAAACAGAUUGGUAUGGGUUCCUAUGGUGAGGUGUUUCUAGUUCGCAACAACAACGACAAGAAACAGUAUGUCAUGAAAAAGAUAUUUGUUAAGGAUGACAUUCGCACUGCCGACACUCUCAUGGAAAUCAAGUUGCUCAGUGAACUACGCCAUCCAAACAUUGUAGAAUUCUACGAAUCUUUUGAAUACGAAAAUCAAUAUAUCUGUAUCAUCAUGGCAUACUGCGAAGGUGGUGAUCUCUUCACUCUACUCAAAGAAAAGCGUAAUCUAGAUGAAAAACAAAUUAUGGAUUGGUUUGUACAGCUAUCAUUGGCAUUACUCUAUAUGCAUAAACGAAAGGUCAUACACAGAGAUCUAAAAACACAAAAUAUCUUUCUUACAAAGCGAAACAUUAUCAAAGUCGGUGACUUUGGUAUCUCUAAAGUUUUAAACCAUCAAGAAAUGGCAAAGACUAUUGUUGGUACACCUUUUUACAUGAGUCCUGAAUUAUUUGAAAACAGACCUUACGAUUUUAAAACAGAUAUAUGGGCACUAGGUUGUUGUUUAUAUGAAAUGAUCAUGUUGAAGCAUGCUUUCGAUGCAAAGGAAAUGCCAUCACUCAUUAUGAAGGUAUUGAGUGGUGAACCUAUUCCAAUAUCACCAAUCUAUUCAGAGAACAUACGUAAUCUCGUAUCAAUACUUUUAGAAAAGAAUCCAGAGAAACGUCCGACCGUUGCCGAGGUUUUAAAUAUACCGUUUGUCAGACAGCAUAUGCUUAGUUCAAAAUUCUUAAAGGAAAAACCUGUUCAGGUUUCGACAUCAACUUCCUCAACUACCUCUACACCAACAACAUCACCUACUAUUUCACCGUCACUAUCACCAUCACUAGUUCCACGACACUCAAGCCUUUCAAAUUUAAAGAACCCAAUACAACUACUGAAGCAUCACCAAUCAAAACCAAGUAGUCAAAGUACGAAUAUACUGGAAAUACCUCAGAAUCAACCAACAACAAAAUCAACUAAAAUCGAUAGAAAUAGAUUGGCAAACCAAUUGGCCAUCGAGGAGAGUAAAAACAAACAAUUGUCAAGUCAAUUAUCUAGAUAUAAUAAUAAUAAUAAUAAUAAUAAUAAUAAUAAUAAUAAUAAUAAUAAUAAUAAUAAUAAUAUUAAUAAUAAUAAUCUUAUCAAUUAUAGUAGCAAUAAUAAUCGGUUAAAAAAUAAUAAUAACAACAACAAUAAUAGUAAUAAUUCAGUCAAUUUUGAUUAUAAAAACAAUAUAUCAAAAGAUGAAGAAUCAGAUUGUUCCGAUGAAUCAUUCACUGGUUUAGGUGACUAUAUUUCAGAUACAGACUCGAGUGAUAGCUGUGAUCGUGAUGAAUUUGAUACAGAUUCCGAUGACUCUGAUCUAGAUCAACAAGAAAUCCCAACGAAUGGCGAAUCUGAUGAUAAUGUGUAUAAUGGCUCCAAACUCACUAAAAAUAGACCUCCAUUCCAUAGCAACAUUGAUCUCACCAGGCACUGUCUAAAGGGUAGCCAUCCGAAUUCAGGUAAAAUUCAGCUAAACAUGUCGAACAGCAACAUUAGAAUUUUAAAGGUUGACAGUGGCUCUACAACCAGACCUAGCACUGCAAGUUCAAUUGAUUACUCUCCCACCAAAUCAAAUAUUAUAAAUAAUAACAAUAUAAAUAAGAGCAGUAACAAUAUAAAAGAUAUUAAAAACAAUGAUUAUAAUAACAAUAACAAUAACAACAAUAACAACAAUAACAGUAAACACAACGAUAUCAAUCACAAUUUAAAAAAUGAUAUUACAGACAUUCCACUUCCAACUCGUGAGAGAAGAGCAUCAUUAGGAAACAAUGACCCUGGUCAUGAGCCAAGAAAAACACCAACAGAAUUCAGAUCUUGGGAUAGAAGGUUUAUAAGAUCUCCACUAUUAGACCAAGAUCCAACUACAUCAUCUUCUCGAACCUCAUAUAGUAGUUUAGAUUUACAUGGCAGUGCUAGUGGCUCUACUCAUACCAGUACUUUUCUUAAUACUAGUGGUGGCCACUUUGAACCAAAACACUCCAAUCACAUAGAUCUACGCCCAAAAACAUCAAUACCAACGAGAUCAUCCACAUCAUCGAUUCCAACAAGACCAACAUCAUCAUCAACACCCACCUCUACAGUAUCAUCACCAGUUUUAACAACAGGCAACAGCAGCUCCAAACUAGAAAAAUUCAGACAUUUUUCAUUUGAUUCAGAUAGAUCUGAUGCCAUCAAAAUAUUACUUAAUAACUCAAAUAGUAAUAUCAUUAGUAAUAAUAAUAAUAACAAUAGUAAUAGCAAUAACAAUCAUAAUAGUAAUAGUAAUAAUAAUAAUAAUAAUAAUAAUAAUAAUAAUAAUAAUAAUAAUAAUAAUAAUAAUAAUAAUAAUAAUAAUAAUAAUAAUAAUCACAUUUCACCUACUCUUAGAGCAAUUAGUACAAGACUUGAAAAUUCAAACUAUACAAGUCAAAGUAGUCUGAAUAACAGUCGAGAGACAGUCAUUGGAAGUUUGAGUAGUAGUCGAGACAAUGGUCAUAGUAGUAGUUGCAGUAGUUUAAACAAUAGUAGAGACAAUAAUCUAUACAAUUUGAAGCUAUCAGUUAGUAGUCCGCAGUUACCUAGCUUUGAGAGGGAUCAAGACGAAAUUCUAUCGAAAAGCAAGCAAGUUGCCAAGGAGUUUAGAGAGAGUUCAAAGAGAAUGGAGUUGAUUGCAGCCUCACUCGAUGCAUUGGAUAUCGAUGAACGAGCAGAGAAUGACUACUAUGCUGUUUCUGGUUUGAUCAAUUCCUGUAUCAACAGUACCAAUAGUCCAGAUUUCAAGUCAGUGCUCAAUAACAGCGGUGGAUGCGCCAUCGGAAACAACACACUCAGUUUAAAUACAUCUGAAGAAUUAAGCUCACGACCUAGAUCAAGAUCUGGCUCUGGCAGUAGUAUUGGAAAUAAUUCAAGACCAAGCAGUGGACUGUCCACAGUUAACCAAUCAAAAUCUGUGACUGGAAUCAACCCAAGUAUGAUGAGCAACGUCAAUCUCGAACAACUGAAAGACUAUUGUAUUGCUGGUAUUGGUAUCACUGUCUUUCAGAAACUACUAGACAAUCUAAAGAAUGGUGGUACUAAUGAUGAAUAUAUACUCGGUCCAUCAAAUAAGCAUUAUGUAUCAAUUAUAUCUCAUAUUCAUAUAAUUGAUAAUGAAAUAAAUAAAGAAAUGGAGCUACAAGAUAUAUUAAGUUCACAAAAGACCAUUGAAAGAGAUGUAAUGUUGGCUUCUGGAAAGCAUAUUGUAGUUACAUCGAGUAAGUCGAGUAAACAAUAUAGUUUCAAUGAGAUACUCAGUUUCUUGAAGGAGAGAGCAAACGAUGUCGACAAAGAAAACUAUUGGAUUGACUUUCAAGCAUUGGAUGAAAUCGAGAUAUCUACCAUCUGUACAUUGCUAGGCAUUCAUCCUCUUACCAAAAGAGAUAUCAUUCAACAAGUGGUUAGAAUGAUCAAGUAUUCAGAGACCGGUGCACUUUCUUCGUCAGCUUGGGUCAUCUAUGCAUUCUUAGAGUCGAUCGUUGACCUCUAUGUAGAUCUAGUCGAUAAUAUCAUGUUGGAGACAGAGUCACUCGAUGAACUAGUCUUGAUUCUCAGCGGUAUGAAACAAAAUGAGUUAUUCGCACGUAUUGGUCUGGCUGGUAGAAGAGUAACCAAUUUACACAGUGGUAUAUUUGAAAAGAGUGAAAUUAUAUCUGUAUUAUUAAGAGAUGAAAAACUUAUACCAUCGACACUACGAGGUUAUCUUAGAAAUGUACAAGAUAGUGUUGUUAGAAUGACGCAAAAGCUAAAUCUUUGUAGAAGAUUACUUGGUGAUCUUAAUAAUAUGUAUAUGGCAAGAGUAUCAUUGGAGGUCAGUGAUUCAUCGAAUAUGAUAAAUAUCAAUAUGAGAAAGUUCACUGCUAUCAGUACUAUUUUCAUUCCAUUGAUUCUGGUUACCGGUAUUUUUGGAAUGAAUGUAAAGUAUCCAGGUAUGAUAUCAGACACACCAGAGGACGAUACAUACAAUCUCUUUAUCGUCAUAAUGUCAUUGAUGGGUGGUUUUGCCAUCAUAGUUGCCGCUCUUUUUAGAAGAGCCGGUUGGCUUUAA